UCCAGUGACUGUUGAUGAAGCGAUAUUUAUUCUCAUAAAAUAUUAUCUGAUUUCAUUUAGUUAUUGCAGAUAUAAUUAACAAAAUUGUUGCCAUUCUUCAUGAAAUAACUGACAGCAGUCCGUGUUAACAAGCUUUUUUUUUUUCUGAGCAUCAUAAGCGGCUAGUUCGUUGGUAGAAGGGUCCUUCAUAUCCAAAAUGUCGCUUCAACAACAACAAAAACGCGCCGCUCCUGCGGAAUUGCAACCUCAACAACAACCACAGCAACAGCAACAACAACAACAGCAGCAGCAGCAACAACAGUCUGUUACUGACAAGAACAAAGAACGGAAAAGAAAGGAGACUAUCUUAGAUUUGUCUAAAUACUUAGACAAAGGAAUUCGCGUAAAGUUCAGUGGCGGCAGAGAAGUAAGUGGUAUUCUUAAAGGUCAUGAUCCUUUACUGAAUCUUGUGUUAGAUGGGACAAUUGAAUAUCUUAGAGACCCUGAUGAUCCAUACAAAUUAACUGAAGAUACUCGGACGCUUGGUUUAGUAGUUUGCCGAGGAACCUCAGUAGUAUCUAUUUGUCCAGCUGAUGGAAUGGAAGCUAUUCCAAAUCCUUUUAUACAGCAAGAUGGUUGAUAAAAAUCUGACUUAAAUAUUGGAGGAACGUCUUCAUUACUACACUAUGUUUAAAGUCACACAUAUCGUCCAUUACUUUGAAAACAUACUUUAUUUUUCCUCCUUUUCUCACUAGAUUUGGUGCAAAGCAAGGCCCUCAUAGAACUAUAGUCUAAGAAGGAAUUAGUUUCUAUUAGCAAUGUCAGUGUUAUUUUAGGGUUUCUAAUGCUUCAAAUAAAUUAAAUAAUCAUCUUUGAUUUAAUUAAGCUUAUAUAAACAAAGUAAACUGAAAUGGCAUGCAUGUGUCUGAAAGAUUUGUUUCCCCAAGUCUUAAAUUUCUCAUUUUAAUGAUUUUUACCUCUAUUUAAAACUUUGAGACGUCACUUCCAUUUUAAAAGUUAACUAGUAUUUGGCAAAUGGUCAUUGUAACCCCUUAAUUUUUGGUUUACAGUUAUAAACUAUAAUGAUUUAUUUUACACUCACUGUUUAUCUUUAAAUGAAAGAAAUCUGAUUAUAUGGAUUAUUUUGUAAGAUUGUUUUUAUUCAUAUUUUUCGUUCUUUAUAGACUUGACUGUUUUGGAAUGCGUAGUAUUUAUUAUUAUAUCAAAAUAGAUAUUCAAUAUUUGCAUCUCAAAACAGGCAUUAAUGACAUAAGAUCUCGAAUAGAUCUUAACCAUUCAACCAUAGUCAGAUCUGAUUUGGGAUUAGAUCUUGUUAUUUUCAAGGAAAUUUUCCAAGAUUGAAAAAGAUCUCCUUAACUUAAAAUAUUCACUAAACAAAUGAGGUCAUUAGUGAAAAGUUGAUGUUACUCGUUAGGGUAAAUCAACAUUUUAAAGAAAUGUAAUUACCUAUACAAAUAGUUAGUUUUGAAAACCAUUCUUUUUUUUUUUUUUUCCUUUCAUUGAAUUCAUUGAGCAAUUAGUUAAUUGGAUAAAUUCUUCAGUUUACUUUGCUUAAUGAAUGUAGUAUACAUUAUCCUUUGUAGCUUCAAAUACAUUUUCCAACAAAAUCUUCUGAAUAUGUGAUCAUCUAAGGUCUUCUGCAGUUUGAAUAUUUGAUGAAUCAGUCUGCUUUAAUUCUGUACUGUGUAUGGAUAGCAUUUUCCUAUAUAACUCUAUAAAGAUUUAUGCAAUGCCUACAGAUCCGAUUUGUAACUCAACCAUAAAGAUUUGCAGAUUUUGCUUUAAACCAGCUAAAUUAACUCAAGCAGCACUUCAUAUAAGUUGAUGAAUUUAUUAUUUAGCAACAAAGUUAAAUCUUCCAUCUACAUUAAAUUAGAGAAUUGAUAUUCAAGGUGUGUUCUUUGUUGUUUGUAUUUAACAUAAAGGACUGUCUCCUUCAUUUCUGUUUAUAUUUUGACACCACUUUUGGUGAGUGAGAGGAACCUUAAACACACAUACACUUACAUACAAUUCUCUUUCUUUAAGUCAUCUGUAAAUGGACAUUUUUCACAUCAUGGCAUUAAAAAUCUCUUGCCGUUAAUAAAUAUAUAUUUUUUCUCUAA